AUGGCUACAGCUGCGGCGGUCGAUGUCGACGAUCAGCGGGACGAGCCUGCUGACGACUAUCUCACAGCCGACGACGAGUCGAUCCUGUACGAGGACGACUACAUACAGGUGAGCCGCGACGGGCUGCGCAUCAAGAGAUACUGGUUCCCAGCCCUGAACUCGACGUUUAUCCCGUGGCACACAAUUGAGUAUGUGAAGACGGCGCGCGAGGCUAACGUAAAGUGGUACGAGGUGAAGGACUGGGGACCGGCGUUUGGCAACAUCUGCUGGGCGCUGAAGCCGCGGCUGAUCACGCGCAAGCAGGCGGGCAAUAUCGGGUUCAACUCCUUGGAUGAGAUCCGUGACAGUAAUAUUGUCGUGAAGGUUCGCGGCAAGUGGAUGCGCCCCGGCACCUAUGUAGAGUACCCUCAUGAGGCUAUGCGGAUGAUUCGGCGGAUGGUUGCCAGUAGCCAUCUGCAUGCAGAAUAG